GUCACAUUUAUUCACUUUUCAUUUCACUUGUUACUUGAUUUUUAUUUUUAGUAUACGUCUGAGCGCGGUUGAUAUACCUACUCACACUCGCGGUACUCGUUUUUCCCUCACCAACAUAUACUACAGUCUACAGUUUGUGCGGACUUUCUCUGGCCGGUGCGUUCACUUGUCUUUUGACUUCUUUUGUUUAUUUCCAGGUGAAUUUUGUUUCCUGUGUUUCUCGAUUUUUGUUUAUGACAGAAGUACCCAUGUAAUUCUCAAAUAUGUCGAUCAACUCCAGAUGUACCCUUCAGUCCCCAAAAGUAAACGGCAACUCGAAUAUACCAUUAAGGAAACAACUCGGUAGACAGUUUUCAAAUUCGAAAAUACCAGUUAACGAUCAAGCCCAAAGGUGGAAGCAAAAAUAUGAGGAAGCCGAAGAGAAAAGGAAGCUAUUAUUGACUGAAAAAGAAAAAGCUCUUAGAAGUUUAAGUGAUAUAGAAAAGAAAUAUUUAAAUUUGCAAAUUAAACAUGAACAUUUAGAAACUGAACUAUUUGAGAAAAACGAAGAAUAUAGUAAAUUAUCUACUGCAUCAAAAAAUUUAUAUAAAGAAUAUGAAACUCUGAAAAACCAGUAUGAGACAGAAACUAGGGCUAUGUCUGGAGCAUUGAAGGAUGCUUCGCAAUGGUACCGAGAAAACAAAGAACUGAAACGAAAAACUCUGCUUUUAAUGGACAAAGAUGCUGUGGACGAAGGAGUUGAUGCGGGUGAUGGAGACUCCAACUGCGAAACUGAACUAGAAAAUUUAAAUAAAACUAUUAAACAACUCAGCACAGAAGUUGCCGAAUUACAAACAGAAGUUGAUUCAUUAAAACAAACAGAAUUUCAGACAUCGGAAGAAAAUAUUAAGCUUGCAGAAGAUUUAGAAGAUGAAAGAGAUAAAAAUUGUAAACUGGAGUCACAAUUAACAGAACUAAAAAAGGAACAAGAUCAAACCCUUCGUAUUUUGGAAAUGAUGAAAAAAGAAAUAAAAGACCUACAAUCUUUAGAGGAAGAACAUAGAACAAACCUAGUCAAUUUAAAGAAACAGUCUGAUGCUCACAAAAGGGAACGAAACGUUUUAAAACAUCAAAGUGCCUUGAUAUUACAAGGGUUGAAUGAAAAUGAAGACGGUGACAACUAUAUGAUGUUGAUUCAAGAAAUUGAAGAUUUGAAAAGAACCCUUGAAGAUGAAAGAAACAAAUUUGAGGAAGAAAUUAGCAUCCUUCAGGACCGGAUAGAAGAUCAAGACAACAAUGCGCAAAUAGAGGUCCUAGAAGAGAGACUCAAGCUAGCGGAAUCUGAGCUCCAAGCAGCUAAUGAACGAGCUGAUAGAGCGGAGGAAAAAUUAAAAGCACCUUUCAUUCCCCCACCUCCGCCGCCGCCUCCAAUGCUUCCACCUCCUCCUUGCAUGGAUCCUCCCAUGGUUCCUUUAAGGAGAAGGAAAAGUAAAGUCGCCUUAUCCGAUUUGGCUGAGUGCAUAGGAGUCCAGGAAAACAUAUCUCCCGAUAAGAAACCUGGAGCCCCUGGAGUUAAUGAAGACAUUAUAAACGCCAUAAAAGCCGGUCAGUUUACCUUAAGAAAAGCUAAAAAAGACAAAGAAAAGCAAGAAAACAAAGAUCAACCUAAGGCAGUCUCUGAAUUACUCAAUAUUCUCGGUAGUCUCAGAAGAGCUCCCAAAAAGCGACAAAGUCAAUUUUUUGGUGAUGUACAAUUGUAGCACAUUAUUGUCAGUAUUUAACCAAUAUUAUUAUUAACCUUUAAUAUUUUAUUACAUAUUGUAUAUGUUUUAAUUAUAAAGUUUAUAUAUGUUAUUUUUGUUAUAAUAAAGUAAUUUUUUUAAUAAC